UCUGCAGUUUGCAUCCGUGGGGCUACACUCAGUUCCAAGCCAUGCGGCUGGCCGUGGAAGAAAUCAACAAUUCCUCCCUCCUGCUGCCCAACGUCACCCUGGGCUACCACAUUUGGGACACCUGCCAGAACCAGCUCUUCCUGCAGGCUGCCUUCCAGCUGGCCCCCGGGGAGCUGGGCUGCUCCCACAACGUGGUCGGCGUCGUGGGGCCUGACAGCACAGACAUGACGGAACUGACGGCCCGGAUCUUCACCCUGUAUCGUUUCCCUCAGAUCAGCUACAGUGCCAAGAACGAGAUCUUCACCAACAAGGACCUUUUCCCGCUCCUCUUCCGCAUGGUCCCGAAUGAGAACCACCAGAUCGUGGGCCUCGUCUCUCUGAUCAAAGCCUUCGACUGGAAGUGGGUCUCUGCUGUGGGCAGCGGCACCAGAGCCAGCCAAGCGUCUGUGCAGAUGCUGAUCCAGCAGGCUUCCCAGAGGGGCAUCUGCAUUUCAUACCAGGGGGUCAUGACAGCCGAUGUGGCCAUCUCCCGGCAUCAGCUGCAGAGGGUGAUUGAGAACAUCCAGAAAGUCCAGACCAGCAUCGUCCUCCUCCUAACUGGUGCCAACGUGGCUGAGAAGUUCUUCAAAGUCGUCAUUGAGCUGAAGAUCACGGGCAAAGUCUGGAUCGCCCCCGAGACCUGGGUCUUGUCCCACUCGGUGGCUUCCAUGCCGGGCAUCGAGCAGACAGGCACGGUCCUCGGCCUCACCAUUAAGCCCGUCCAGCUGCCCCAGUUCACCCACUUUGAGUGCCACUUGCUCUCCCCGGCGCUGCUGGCGGAGAUCUUGAACUCUUCCAUCUGGCACUGGUCCUUCUACUCCUACGCUGCGGUUUACUCUCUGGCCCAGGCCCUCCACAGUCUACUCGACUGCCGCCCAGAAGCGACCUGUCAAGCCGACAAGAAGUUUGAGCCCUGGCAGCUUUAUGAGAAGUUGUCUAUGGUGGACUUCCCUCUGCAGAACAACACCAUCAAAUUCAGCGAGCAGGGGGACCUUUCCCUGGGCUACAACGUGAUCACCUGGGCCUGGGAAAAUGGCACUGCUGGAUUCAGGACCAUUGGCAGUUACGCUUCCAACCACCUGGCCAUCAACCGGACCGAAAUCAUCUGGCUGGCGGGCGAUGGGCAGGUUCCAGAGUCGCCCUGUAUCACGACGUGCAUCCCGGGCAAAAUCAAGAGCAGGCAAAUGUUGGACGAGUGCUCUUGUCGCUGUGACGACUGCCAGGAGGGAACCUACCAGAACCAGACAGAUGCGGAGACCUGCCUCCCGUGCCCGCCGGAGACUUGGUCCCCCCUGGGGAGCGCAGAGUGCUUCCCGCCACGCAUCACCUUCCUGGACACGACCGACCCCAACACCUCCGCCCUGGUGAGCGUGAGCAUCCUCGGCUUCCUGCUGCUCAGCGGCUGCCUGCUGGUGUUUGCCACCCACUGGCAGACGCCUGUGGUCAAGGCCGCCGGGGGCAAGCUGGCGUUGGCCAUGCUGGCCUCGCUGCUGGCCUCCUGCGCCAGCACCGCCCUCUUCGUCGGGAAGCCCAGCCAGGCCAGCUGCAGGGUCCGGCAGCCCUUCUUCGCCGUCAGCUUCACGUUCUGCGUCUCCUGCCUCCUGGUCCGCUCCUUCCAGAUCCUCUUCGUCUUCAAGAUGGCCAGCCGCCUCCCCCGGGCCCGGCACGCCUGGGUCCGGGCCAGGGGCGUCGGCUGCUGCGUGGGGCUCAGCACCGGCCUGCAGGCCUGCCUCUGCAGCCUCUGGCUGGCCUUCUCCCCGCCCAGCCUGCAGAGGGACCUGGUCAGCCCCCGGGAGACCUUCCUGCGCUGCUCCGAGGGCCACUUCUUGUGGCUGGGGGCCGUGCUGGGCUACCUCACGCUGCUGGGGGCGGCCUGCUUGGUGUGCGUCUUCUGGGGGCGGAACCUGCCCAAGAACUACAGCGAGGCCCGGCUGGUCACCCUCAGCCUGCUGCCUUUCCUGAUGGGCUGGGGCUGCUUCCUGCUGCUCUACGCCACCACCGAGGGGAAGGGCAAGCAGGUCGCCACCCUGCAGAUGUUCACCGUGCAGACCAGCAUCUACGCCAUCCUCGGCACCUUCUUCCUCCCCAAGUGCUACGUCAUCCUCUGCCGGCCCCAGCACAACACCGUGGCCCACUUCCAGACCUGCAUCCAGGCCUACACCACCAGCACCCGCCACCCCGAGCAGUGAGCGCCGCCCUCCUGGGGCCACUCGGCGGGGGGGGGCCUGCAAGCGGGCACCGCGGCCCCUCCUCCCUCUCCCCAAGAAAAGCCCCGCCGAGCGCUGGAGCCGAGGCGUGGCGGACACGGGGGAACAGCCAC